UGAAGCCGAAAAUUGAAGAAAAUGGCCGGUACGUUUUGAUUCCCAUCGUUAUUUUAAUUGGUUGUAAGCAGUUGUUAAAUUCGGUAAUAAAAUUAAGUUUUUGAAAUUGACAUGGAAAAUAAGAAAGCAAUGGAUAAUACAGAUCCUUUCGUUCCUAUAGCAAAUUCCACUGAAGGCACAGAAAAUGAUACAAUAAUGGACGACAAUAUAACCUUGGAGUCUUUGCUGGGUAUUCCUGAUAAUGCUACUGUAGAAGAAGAAGAUGGUGGAAUGACACCACCACGGGAUGGUAAUGAAACUCCUACAAUGACCGAGGAGACUUUAGGUGCACCACCGUUACACAUAUCCGAAAACGCGACACUAAUUGAUAAAGGUCUGAAAUUAUGUCCAUUGUGUCAAUCUGGAAUCAAGUUGUUCUUCAUAAACUUCAAUGAGAAGAUGCUCAUGUGUGAGAACACGGAGUGCGAGUUUCCAUUCGGGUACGAGGACCUGCAGUUCUACAAGGAGGACAAUGAAGCUGAAGUCGAUGAUGAAGUGGCCAGUAUACGGAGCAAACGAACACUGGACGACCGUUCAUCUUCGGCGACCUGCUCGGUUGUCUCAACUGCUGCAUGGACGGAUAUAGAGAAGUUGAAUCGUGCAUACGAAACUGACGAUGGCCAGUUCGAAAGCAACACAUACCAGAAGAAACCGAAGAAGGUCGAAGCAGAGAAAGAUAAGGAGAAGGCAAUAUUGAAGAACGUAGAAGAUAUAAAAGAGUUGAAUAAAGAAUUAGUGACCAUAGAUAAUAAGCAGAAAGAUCAGCGAAUACAGAAUCAGAAAUGGAUAAAGAAUUUGAUGAACAAACAAACAACGUCGGGGAUUUCGUUACUGAAGCCGGAGGAAAUGAUGGCAUUGAAGGAACAAGAAACCGCUUUCGGGGAACUGAAAAUUGAUAUAGAUACUAGCGAUGCAAAUGGUAUCUCGCAUGUGAAUGUGCAAAUUAUAAGUCAUGAUGCAAAAUAGGCUACUGGUUAGCUUAAAUUUUAUGAUAUGGAGCCUAACUAGUCUUAUGUUAUACUUAGUAGUAUGUAUCUCUUUUUAUAUACACAUAUAUAAAUAUAUGGCAAUAUAAUAAGGAGUUUUAUAUCACUCAAUUUCUAGUGUAGUUUUGAAAUUAUUAUGGUUAUUGUUAUAUACGAACUAGGGAUGUUAUGGAUAUGAAAUAUCGGAUACGGAUAGGUUUCGGAUAUAGGAAUGAUUAUUUUACCGGAUACGGAUAUGGAUAUGAAAUUAUUUCGGAUUAUCCGUUAGUUUCGGAUAAUUUCGGUUACGUGUAUUAAUUUUUUAAAGAAUUCCAAAAGUAUUCAAAAUUCAAAAAUCAUUUAUUCAUGUAGGACAUUUUAGCCGCUUAUGAACGUCAAAUUUUUACAUUAUUAUUUUAUUUUUUCCCUACCGUCCAGUUCGGUAUAUAGAUCCAAUUGAGAAGAACUGGCAAGAAACUCAAUUGAAUUACUUUUU